AUGUCCGACUUUCAAAUCGGAGAUCAUGUUGAUGCGAACGGCCAACAUGCUAUCGUGCGUUUCGUCGGCGAGACAUCUUUUGCUCCGGGGGAAUGGCUAGGGGUUGAACUGGAUGUCCGCGAGGGGAAGAAUAACGGAACGGUUCAGGGGCAGAGGUACUUUGAGUGCGAGGAUCGACAUGGCAUUUUUUUAAGGCCAUCCAUAGCAAGACUCAUGGAGCGGCCGGCGGUCGCCCCCGUGAGAAGGCCUCCGCCUGUUAUUUCGCCUCCUCCGACGAACACUAGGAUUGGGGGUAGGCCGUUAAGCUUGAGGGCUCCGGCGUCACCGACUAAAGGGGUCUCACCGACCAAUGCGUCUUCAUCGGGUUACAAUACACCACGAACCGGUACUCCAACCAUGAGUCGACCCGGUUCGAAUUUACGGGGGUCUAUUAAUGGGAGGCCGGUUUCUAUGGGCCCGCCCCUAAAUCCUAAUAAGCCACCUGCCACUACCAAUAUGGGAAUGCCUCGACGCCAAUCUACAGUGAACUCGGCAGCACUGUCCCGGACCGGCUCUAAUUCUUCCUCAGCAAGUAAUUCCGCCUCAAGACCGCCACAGGCCAAUAGGCUUUCAUUAAAACCAGCAAGUUUAUCAGCACUAGGGGUGGUGGGGAAAAAGACUAGUGCUGUGAGCACUUCUUCUGAGAGAAGCUCACCGGAGGGGAGCUCUACAGUUGCGGCCGGGGGUGCAUUAAGGCGGACGAGGAACGAUAAUGAUCCUAGGGUGUCUCCGGGACCCGGGAGACGAGCUUCGGUUAUUGGCAGGACUGGAGGCGCUCCACCGGCCAGGGUUGGCAUAACGGGACAACCUCUUAGUCCUGCAACCCCUGGUCCCGCCGCUGCAGCUAGUGCUGGAGCUAUGGCGGCAUUGUCCAGGGAGCUUGAAGAUCUGAAGAGCACUAUUAAGGUGAUGGAGAAGAAGAGAAUGGAAGACAGGGAUAAGCUUAGGUCACUUGAAAGAGUGCAGGCUGAAAGAGAUAAAUUUGAAACUAUCAUUCAAAAACUGCAAGCGAAGUAUCAACCUCAACAGGCGGAACUCACUGAUCUGCGAAAGCAGCUCAAGGAGAUCCGAAGAACCAUUGAAGAGAUGGAAAAUAUUAAACAAGAUAAUGAAUUGAUGGUGGAGAUGGCAACUUUGGACAGAGAGAUGGCGGAGGAACAAACCGAGGCCUUGAGGGCAGAGUUGGAGGCUGUCAGGGGGAAAGCGGAGGAGCUAGAGAUGGAGGUUGAGAUCCUGCGCGAGGAGAACGCUGAGCUCAGUGGAGAGAUGACACAGGAGGAAAAGACCAGUGCCGGCUGGCUGCAGAUGGAGAAGCAGAACGAGCGUUUAAGGGAAGCGUUGCUGAGGCUUCGGGAAAUCACUUCGCAAACGGAGACGGAGUUGAAGGAUACUAUUAAAUCUCUAGAGGAGGAAAAUACCGAGCUUGCUAUCUAUAAGGAGAACUUUGAGACCACCAAAGGGAAAUUAAAUGCCUCAGAGGCUGCGGUUGAAGAUCUUAGACAGCAAUUGGAAAUGGCCGAGAGCGCGGAGCAGAUGCUGGAGGAUCUCACAGAAAGGAAUCUCGUGAUGAGUGAACAGGUCGAGGAACUCAAGGCAACCGUCGAGGACUUGGAAAGUCUGAAGGAAAUAAGUGAUGAGUUGGAGAUUAACCAUGUCGAAACCGAAAAGCAGAUGCAAGAGGAGCUCGACUACAAAGAUCUCAUUAUCACUGAGCAGAUCCGGAGAAUUGGACAGUUGGAUUCGAGUAAUGAAGAAGCUGAAUACACUAUUACUCGAUUCAGAGAAUUGGUUACGAACUUGCAAGGUGAUCUCGAGGAUAUGAGGGCUUCGCAACAAAUUACUGAGACCGAGGCCGAAGAACUGACGCAACGAUCGCGGUCUAUGAUGGACAUUAACAUGAAGCUCCAGAUCACUGCUGCCAAGGCUCAAAAUAAGACUAUUGAUUUGGAGUUGAGACGUUUGGAAGCUGAUCAGGCGAUAGAGCAACUCUCUAUCGUGCAGAUGUUCCUUCCCGAAGCCUUCCAUUCAGAGCGUGAUUCCAUCCUGGCUUUGCUUAGGUUCAAGCGUGUCUCGUUUAAGGCUCAACUAUUGCAGAACUUUGUUAAAGAACGUCUUACCUCUCAACUUGGACAAGCUUCUUGUGGCCAGGAAGAUACCAUGAUGACCGCUUGUGAUAUGUGUGACAAAUUGACAUGGGUAUCAGCUAUGUGCGAUCGAUUCAUCAACUGCAUCAGUGGAUGCAGUGUCGCACAGUUCACUAAAUUCCAAGGCGCAUUGUAUGAACUUGACCCCGUUGAGAGGGCACUUAACGGAUGGAUCGAAGGGCUUAGAAAAGAUGAUCUUAAGGAGAAACAAUGCGUUUCUGAGCUUCAACGAACUAUGUCUUUGAUGUCUCAUUUGGGCGAGAUUCAUCUCCAGAGUGAUCUUGAAGGCUUUGCAAGUGAUGUUCACAUGCGUGUCACUUUGAUGCAGAGCUAUAUGGAAAACUCAGCGACUGCUCUUUCCCACAUUAGAACAAUUGUCCAGGACAAACUACCGGGCACCCCGGAAGAGGACGAAGAAAUCGCAUCCAACUUUUCCAAGCGAUCUGAUGCAGUGAUUUCCCACUCUCGUAGUGUGAAGGUUGUUGUUGGCAAAAUCCUCCGAUCUCUCAACGACUUCCAGCAAAGGUCGCUAUCUUUGACACAGGAUAAGUUCUCGCAGUUCGAGGCCUGUGAGGAGGCAACCAAGAAGCUGGCUGAUUAUGCUCGUGAGGUUGGUGAUGACGUUUACGCAUUGCUAUACUCUGAUAAUACUUCUGGUGCUCCAACAUGGGUGGAUCUUCAGAGCACUCUCUUCAAGACGACAGAAAGAGUUUUGAGGGUUGCUGAAAGCGAUAUCUUUGGUGCUUUCGGAAAGGAGUUGAGAGCUCUGACAAACAUGCUAGUGGAGCUUGGAAGCACCGCUGCGGAUAUUGAUAUGACUGCAGAGUUUGAAAAGCCGCCCGCCCCAUGGGUAGUAAGGGCGCAGGAGCUUAAGACGACAAAGGUGGUAUCAAUUGACGCAGAAGAGGAGAUCAGACGUUUGAAGGACGACGUUCUCGAACGUGCAACGCAAAUAAAACUUCGCGACAAAACCCUUGAAGAAUCCGCCGUCAAAAUCGAACUCCUGGAAUCCCGCAUGCGUAACGUGACCAAGCAAAGCGAACGCAUAGAAGAACUCGAAAUGCAAGUCUCAGCCGGCACCGUCCGCGAAGCCGCCUUCUCGGAAGCCCUCAGUAGUCUAAACGAAGACCUAGUGACGUUGGAGGCCGAAGUCGACGAGUGGAAAAAAGCCGCUAACGAAAAACGCGUAGUCGGUGAGGUUGACAAGAUCGGCGCCGAGCGCGCAGUUGCGACCGCGAAGGAGGUGGACUCGCUGAAGAAGGAGAUUGCAGCAUUGACUGGUGCUGUAGCUUUCUUCCGAGAGGAAAACGCUAGGAUUAAGAACGCGGACCUGCUCGCUGCCGACUCGUGGCUUCUCGAACCACUACUCUCCCAACCAGACGUGAAGGAGGUGGAAGAGUACGAAACAGACCUGGCAGCCGAAGGCCAGGACGUAUUCGCAGAAUUAAUGCUCUUGGCGACAGAAAGCAAAGUCGUGGACCUUACGCAGACGCCGGAGAAUAGGAAGGCGUGGAGACCGGCGAGGAGCACACCCAAAUACCACUUUCUGGAGCAACGAGAGCAUUACGAAUCCCUGGUGUCAUGGCGCGACGACGUGAUCUCCCGAGCGCUGUACCAUGAUGCGGCGAAGGCGAGCAUUCGCCCUCGAAAGUUGAAGGGCACCAAGAGUGUGUUUGGCGCGAGGGUUAACGUGCUCGUUGACCAUGGGCUCGUUGGCAAAGGGGGGGAAGUGGCGGAAGUGGUGAUUCACGAGCCGGAGGGGUGGGAGGAGUUUCAAGAGGCAAUGGGGUUUUCUUGA